AUGAAGUCCCCAUAUUAUCCUGCAAGAUCUGUGCUUUUCCACAAGGAGCCUAAUGGAGUUACAUACAGGAUCCCUGCACUGCUCUGUGUGUCCCGGCACAAAACUCUGCUGGCUUUCUGUGAAGAGAGACUCAGCCCCUCGGACUCCCAGGCUCAUCUGCUCGUUAUGAGGAAAGGCAUCUUUCACAGGAAUUAUGUAGAGUGGGGGGACAUGCAUGUUUUGAGUACAGCGUUCUUACCUGGUCAUAGAUCUAUGAAUCCCUGUCCAGUGCAUGAUGAGUUCACCGGGACAGUCUUCCUGUUCUUCAUUGCCGUAUUGGGUCACACGUCGGAAGCAAAUCAGUUGAUAACUGGUAAAAAUGUGACACGUCUCUGCUACAUCUCCAGCACAGACAACGGCGAUACCUGGAGCCCUGUCACUGAUCUCACACAAACUGUGAUCGGAGAAACUAUUAAAGAGUGGGCCACCUUUGCUCUUGGCCCAGGUCAUGGCAUUCAGUUGAAAUCUGGGCGCCUGCUGAUUCCUGCCUAUGCUUACUUUAUUGAAUGCAAAGAGUGCUUUGGACAGGUCUGCCAGACGACGCCCCAUGCCUUCUGCUUCCACAGUGACACCCAUGGGCGAACAUGGCGCUUUGGGGAGGGCGUGCCGGGACCAGAGAGUGUGGAGUGCCAGCUGGUGUCUGUGGAUGAGGAGGAAGGCACCAACAUACUGUACUGUAACGCUCGCAGUACACUUGGCUACAGGGUGCAGGCCGUUAGUCUGGAUGAUGGGGCAGUGUUUCAGGAGGGCCAGCUUAUCCCAGUUUACUGCCACCCAACAUGGAACACUGCUCGUAAAGACCUGGGUGUAUUCUUGAGCCCGUUUCCCCGAGACCCAGACAGCUGGCGUGGCCCCUGGGUCAUUUACGAUGGUCCCAGUGCUUACUCAGACUUGGCCUAUCUGGAGCUUUCCCCAUCUCCUCAAACUCCACCCGCAGUGGCUUUUGCCUGUCUGUUUGACAUAACACUGGAGGAAGGACAGUUUCUGCGCCAUUAG